AUGCGCCGCUCGUCCAGCAUCAGCAGCAUCAGCUCGUCCAGCUCGGAAGCCGAGGAGACGAUGCAGAUCUUCGUCAAGACCGUGUCCGGCAGCAACACAAUUCCCCUCACAAUCCCUUCAAAUACAUCCAUAAGCACGCUGCGCUCCCUCCUCGCCCUCCGCACCAACCUCUCCGCUCCCUCGGACCUGCGCAUCGUCCACGCCGGCAAGCACCUCUCGUCACCCGACACCACCCUGGCUGAUUACGCCAUCGGACCCAAUUCCACUCUCCACCUCGCGCUCCCUCUGCGCGGCGGAAUGCCCCCCAAGAAGGUCCGCUGCUCCUUCAAGGACUGCAAGGACCGCGCCCAGCCCAUCGUCGGCGACUGCGGCUUCUGCGAAGGCCGACACUGCAGCCGUCAUCGCAUGCUCGAGGACCACAAGUGCGUCGGACUCGAGGACUGCAAGAAGGAGAGCCACGACCGGAAUGCGGAUAAGCUGAACAGCGAGCGCACCGUUGCGAUCAAGGGCGUUUGA